AUGACACCCAGUGCCGGCUUCAGUCUCAUCCGAAGGCCCAAGUUAGACCCCGACGCCGGUCCUCCCAAGACCGCCAUGGCCGCUUUAAGGCAAGCCAAAACUGCCGAACGUCUUGCAAAUCAGAAUGCCGCCAUUGCGAAAGGCAAUUAUCAGCUUGCGGAUAUCCCCUGUGAGGCCUGCAGCAAACGCCAAGAUCGAGACAUUGUUCCAUGCGCUAUCCGUUCCCCCCCACAACAAGGAUCCUGCUUCACCUGCAGUACGGGUAAGACGACCUGCACAUAUGCAGUAACCAAGAAAAAGGACACCGACAGUGAGGUCGAAGACGAGAUCCAAAAGGGGUUGCAGGAUCUUGAAACGGCCGCAGUCUCCGGGGGAGAUGCCCAAGUGAAGAUCAAACUCCGAGACCAACAAGCGCAAGUCAGCGUCAUGGAGUCGUCUACCCCUACUAUGCGAGAGUAUUCGGCAUUUGUGGUCCGAAAACAAGAUAUUGACGCAAGUGCCCUUCUCCCCCCGGCGGUUGACUCACCCGUGACCCUGUCACAACGUCUUUUGGCGCUCGAAGAGAUUACCCGGUGUAUUCAAGAUCAAGAUUUGGCUAGCCGUCCUCUGUCGGAGAAAAUUGCAAGUCUAGAGACCUCCGUUUGGUUUCAGGAAGAAAAAAUCACCGGAGCGACUCGCCGGAUGGACCGUAUUGAAGAGUCUGCCCACAUGCGUUGGAAGGAAACACAAGAAGAUUUGCAGUCCAUCCGAAGUGAUCACCAGAGACUGGAAGCCGAGGUGAGGGAAGCCGUCAAGACACUGGAGAACAAGUGGGAGACUACGCCAGCUGCGUUACAAGAGAGUCUCACCCGGGGCUUUGAGAAACUUGCAAGCCGCAUCGAAACUGCCGAGCUAACGCUCCACGACCUCACCAAAUCCGUCACUACUAUUUCGGAGCUCAACCUGCGGCUCGGUGCUCGCCAAUCAAGUCUGGAAUCGCUCAUUAUCCAGUUCCUCGGCAACAAGGAGAAGAAGCACACUGGCAUCAAUACCGAUCGCUCAGUCUCACCCGACCGCGGUCAGAAAAGCCAGCAGGUACAAGUCUCCCCAACCCCGGGUGUCGUUCUGCCAAACCCAGUUUCAACCGAUCACGCGCAAGUCUCUCCAACCCCGGCCGUCUUUCUGCCUCCAGCAUCUGAGAGCCCAGCGGUCCUUCUGUUGGCGCCAAACCCAAUUCCUCCAACCCGGGCAAGUUCGCCCGGUCCUUACAUUGGGGGUAAUAGGAAGUCACCUCGGCUACAGAAACUCGAACCCACACUUCAAACCCCCGCACAGAUUACAAACAAUGAUGUCCAAACUGUCCAAACUCCGUCUACUUAA